AUUCACUCCGAGCCGCCGGGUCGGCACCAGCACAGCCUGUCGCUCAUCUCUGGUCCGGCUCCGCCGUCGGGACGAGAUCAAGCGGACGGACUGCGUUUUGGAGGACAUGCGGUGACAAGUGACAAAGAGCCCGCAGAGCAAGGCUUUGUGUGUACAGACAUUGUGUGCAUGCCCAUGUAAGACCACCAUUGCUGUGCGCGAGCGAAGGGGCAUAUCGGAGAUAAGGACGAAAAAUAGCAUGAUGCGGUAUACGAUUGUUUAUUAUCAUUUGGAAGAGGAAGGAUAAGAGGAACCCACACAAGGCAGAUGAGAGAGAGAGCAAGAGAGAGAGAGAGGAAAAGGACUUCAAGCAGCAAUGCAGAUAAAUCAUGCUGGCUGAAGGGGCCCCUCAAGCCUUUCAUGUUGUGUUCUGCUUCUUCUGGCCAUCGGAGUGAGCCGCUGGCGACAUGCACCGUUAGCUAGCUGCCGUGUCCGUGUGCGCUUGGUCCUCACACAGUUACGCGUUUAACCUUCAGCAUGGUCUUGUCCGACAGCGACGGCUCAGGGAGUGAUCUGUCUGAGGCUGGGCAGCAGCUGCAGCCGCAGGGCCAGUUCGCCGACCCGGCCUCUUACUUCAAAUCCAAAAGUUUGCCGAUCCUGCAUGGUUCCUGUCCGGCGGAAGUGGACUCCCUGGAGCCGAGGCUGGUCAGUACGAUGCAGGCGUCCGUGAACCUGGAGCCGGGCUUGGCGCUGGACGACAGUUUGCGGAAAAUCGACCUGAGCUGCCCGGAGUCCUCGGCGAGGACGGACUUGUCCCCGUCCACGUCGAGCGUGGUGGGUCUGAGCAGCUCCAUGAAGACCGAGGGUGCCACCACAAAGAGCAGAGCGCUAAGGUUCCCCCUGCGCAGACUGAUGUACCUUCCCGCCAGGAAAUACGUGGGCAUAAUCCUGGCCGACUCCCGCUGCUUCCUGUUCUGCAUGUGCUACCUGACGUUCAUCCAGUCGCUGAUGGUGUCGGGCUACCUAAGCAGCGUCAUCACCACCAUCGAGAAGCGCUACAGCCUGCGCAGCUCCGAGUCCGGCCUGCUGGUCAGCUGCUUCGACAUCGGCAGCCUGCUGGUCGUCGUCUUCAUCAGCUACUUUGGGGGCCGCGGGCAGCGGCCGCGCUGGCUGGCGGUGGGCGGGGUCUUCAUCGCCGUUGGCGCUGGGCUCUUCUCGCUGCCCCACUUUAUCUCUCCUCCAUACCAGAUCCAGGAGGUGAACUCCUCCACGGCCAAUGAGGGGCUCUGUCUCAAUGGCAACAGCAGCAGGCGUGACCUCCUCGAGGCGUCCUCAUGCCCCCGGGACCAGGAGGGCAAUGACCACUCGCUGUACGUGGCGCUCUUCAUCUGCGCUCAGAUACUGGUGGGCAUGGGCUCCACGCCCAUCUAUACCCUGGGACCGACCUACCUGGACGACAACGUCAAGAAGGAGAACGCAUCCCUUUAUCUAGCAAUCAUGUAUGUCAUGGGAGCACUGGGCCCAGCCGUGGGCUACCUGCUGGGAGGGGUUCUGAUCGGAUUCUACGUGGAUCCGAAAACCAUCGUGACCAUCGAUCAGAGCGACCCGCGUUUCGUGGGGAACUGGUGGAGCGGCUUCCUGCUCUGCGCCAUCGCCAUGCUCCUCGUCAUCUUCCCCAUGUUCACCUUCCCCAAAAAGCUUCCUCCACGCCUCAAGAGGAAGAAGAAGAAGAAAAAGUUGGCCACCGACGACGUCUCCAGCGAUGAGGACAUCAUGAAGGAGAAGUCGGGUAGCAAAGGCCAGACCGUCACCUCCUCCAUGGGUUUUGGGAAGGAUAUCAAAGACCUCCCCCGGGCCGCUGUCCGGAUCCUGAGCAACAUGACAUUCCUGUUCGUCAGCCUGUCCUACACGGCGGAGAGCGCCAUCGUCACUGCAUUUAUCACCUUCAUCCCCAAGUUCAUUGAGUCCCAGUUCGGGAUUCCAGCGUCCAAUGCCAGCAUCUACACAGGUGUGAUCAUUGUGCCCAGCGCUGGGGUGGGAAUUGUCCUGGGGGGUUACAUCAUCAAGAAGCUGAAGCUGGGUGCCCGCGAGUCUGCCAAGCUGGCCAUGAUUUGCAGUGGGGUCUCACUGCUCUGCUUCUCCACACUUUUCAUCGUGGGCUGUGAGAGCAUCAACCUUGGAGGCAUCAACAUCCCAUACACCACAGGGCCCACACUCACCCUGACCCACCGGAACCUGACUGGCAGCUGCAAUGUGAAUUGUGGCUGCAGGAUCCACGAGUAUGCCCCCGUCUGUGGAUCUGACGGCAUCACCUACUUCAACCCCUGUCUGGCGGGCUGUGGCAGUGUGGGCAACGACAGCACCGGGAUCAGGAACUACACGGACUGUGCCUGUGUCCAGAGCCGGCAAGUCAUCACUCCUCCUGGAGGGGGACAGGGCAACCAGCUCCAGCUCGUCAUCGUCAAGACCUACCUGAACGAGAACGGCCAUGCUGUGUUGGGCAAAUGCGACCGCACCUGCAGCACACUCAUCCCCUUCCUCAUCUUCCUCUUCAUCGUCACGCUCAUCACUGCCUGUGCCCAGCCCUCUGCCAUCAUUGUGACCCUUAGGUCCGUAGAGGAACAGGAACGACCUUUUGCGCUUGGAAUGCAGUUUGUUCUUCUCCGAACACUUGCAUACAUUCCCACGCCCAUCUACUUCGGCGCCGUCAUCGAUACCACCUGCAUGUUGUGGCAGCAGGAUUGUGGCAUCCACGGCUCUUGCUGGGAGUAUGACGUCACCGCCUUCCGCUUUGUUUACUUUGGUCUGGCCGCCAGUCUUAAGUUUGUGGGCUUCAUCUUCAUCUUCCUCACGUGGUACUCCAUCAAGUGCAAGGAGGACCGGCUGGAGCGCUGGCAGCAGAACGCUGCCCCUCUGGGCACGGUCAGCGAGCUCAUCUGCCAUGCUGGGGGCCAGAAGAGCCACGCGCGGACUCGCUCCUGUCCCGUCUUCACACCCCGCGCCGAACCCCCCGGCCUGCCCUCCCUCAACCGUGGGCCCAGCAGCCAAAGCUGCCCUGGCAAUGCCCUCAAAGCAAUAAGCCCGCCUGUCUGCUCACCUGAGGCCACUGCUGCACGCGUCUGAGGCGAGGCCCCCCCUCGCUCCACAGCCAUGCCGGACACGUGCCUUCCUGCCCCACGCUUUGCCCGCCCCUUUGGCUUAUGCGUGGUCUGUCCCCUCCCCAAACCCCACCGAUUGCUGGAGGCCUGGUUUCCUUGCUACACGGUGCACCCCCCACUUGUGUGUUCAGGGAGCCCAGCGGUGCGUCCCCCCCCGCCCCCCCCGAACAAGCCCUCACACAUUUACCCUCUACAGCACGUGCAGAACAUAAUCCGUAUGAAGUGUUCCGAUCCACCAUGGUGCUAUGUGAGGGAGUCUUACCUGGAUAUAUAGAAUAGACCUGUUUAAUUAAGAUGCCGCAUAUAAGCUGUUUGGUGAGCACAACGGAAUUGUGUACUAUGCAAGCCCUCCCAGCUCUCGUGCCACUCAUGGAAGGCCGUUGUCUGUGUCUCUUUGACAGCUUACCUAUUGUUUGCAUCGAAUGAUGUUCGCAAACCUCACUGUUUAAAUGUUCUGCCUCUGUGGCGUUCUGUUUUUUCCCUCCUCGGUCCGUCCCACUCCCCCCGCCCCCCCUUUGUCUCUCCCUCUUCCCUUUUUGGUUCAUCCCUUUUUUCUCCUUGUCCAUCCCUCUUCCCUUCCUGUGCCUUCCUCUUCCGUCGUUGGUCAGUCCCUCUUUCCUCCUGGUCCUCUCCUCUUUCCUCUUAGUCCUCUCCUUUGCUGCAGCUUUUUAUAGUUUCUUUUUGCUCUUGUCCCUCCAGCACCGUACUGUAACUGGGACAAGGGAAAUCCCCAAAGCUCUCCUUCAGGGCACUGAGCUGAGCCUGCUCACUUCCUGUGGUCCUGCCAGCCACGACGUGUACAUGGGCUCACAGUCACUGACUUCAGUAAAAAGGAGGGGGGAGGGCCUGACAAGCAUAUGGCUCAAGUGGCACAAAGGGUCUCCCAGCAUGGUGUGGCUCCCCCUGUAGGUGGCUCAGCCCAUUCCCCAUGAUGAUAGUGUUAGCUGCCUGUAUGCCAAUGCAGUGUUAGAAGCAUCUUAGCUAUGGCCGAUGCCCCCAUGGGCGGGCAGCCUCUACACCGGUCGUAGUGCCCUCGUCCCUGCAGGGAAGGCAUUGUUUCCUCCGCCUCUGCCCAUGACCUUUGCAAGAUCAGCCAGCAAAGAGCAGAACACGGCUGAUUCCUGCUUUAGGCCCGGUGCUCACAGCCUACCCUCAACAGCGCCCCUUGGUGGCGCAAUGUCACAUAUAUGAUACAGCCUGGCCACAACUGAGGAGCCUGUAAGCCACUGGUUUGGCAGGGAGGAUGGGAGACCCAGAGGAUGAGUUUGUGCUUAACGUUAGCCCCAGAAGAAUGGCUUCCGACUUGCGCUCUUUCGAUCACCGGAUGUACGGUAGGCUUCCGUCUUAAUCAGUUAAGAUUUUAACCAGUAGUGCAGUAAGCAUGCAUGUAACUACUGUAUGUCCGGAGUAAUCAAUAACAAAACAGCAGUAUGUAACCUCAAAGCAAAUGGCAGAGCCUGUGUGCUUGACAGCUGAGAUCCCCUGCUGGUCAGAAUGGGUAUGACAUACAGUGGCGACAUGAUAAGGUCAGUGGGUGAGGAACGGAAUGGAGAGGGAGGAGAUUUCUCUGUGGAUGUUCUUGUGUAUGUAUGGUGCAAAGAAAACAAUGAAGGAUCUGCAACAACAAAUUCCAUUUCUUUCUGUUCAUGGCAUUUAAAGGAUAUGAUGAAAUUACCAAAGUAAAAAAAAAAAAAAAAAA